UCUCCUCUCCGUUCUCUUCUCUUCUCAGACCAAACUUCUCAGAAUCCCCUUUGAAGGAACGAGAACAGUGAAAUGGAGCCUUCCUUGGCCAAGCGUCUGUGGCACAUGAUAACAGCUGCUUACUACAUGCUACGUAAGGGCCUCACCAAGCACAGGCUCAUGAUGGAUCUCCACCUCCUCCUCAAACGCGGCAAGCUCGCCGGAAAAGCCGUUGGGAACUUCGUCGCCUUUCACCACCACCACCGUGACCACCACAUUGGCGCCGACAUGUACUCGGCCUUCUCGUCUCGAUACAUGGACACCGACCUCUCCUACUACGACCCCAAGGAGGUGGAGUUCAGCUGCAGCAACACCCCUUCCUACCCCUCCUUCCUCCUCGCCGCCAAGCGGAGGAACCGCCACCGUCACGACCGCUACGACUUCGACUUCGCGGCGGACGACAAGGAGCUUGAAAUGCUGAACUCGGAGAUGUCCGACGCCGAGUCGUCGUUCGUGGCGUCGCCAUCGCCAGCAGCGGUACGGAAGCCGAGGAUAACCGACUCGCCGUUCCCGACAAGGGAUGAAGACGCGGAGGCCGACGACCGGGUGGACCAGGAGGCGGAGGAGUUCAUCAGGCGGUUCUACGAGCAGCUUCGUCUCCAGCAGAGCGUCCCGACGACGCCGGAGUGCCACUGCCACCGCCGUCGCAAUCCAGCCUGAUGCAGCUUUCACCAUGGAGCUCGGUUACUGUGAAUGAUGAGAUCAUGUGUAAAGAGCAGCACACCAGUCUUCCUUGUUCAGAGCUUCUCCUUGUUCAGAAUAAACAAAUAAAUAAAUAUUAUUGAUAAUAUAUUCUGAA